UGCAGCUGCGGCUCCUCAUUCAGAUGCUGAGUGGAGCUGCCGAUGGUGGGAGGAGGGAACGUUUUUCUGGGAAGAACCAAACCACGACUCUUUUCGUGUUUAAGAAAAAAAGAGAAGAGGAAAAAAAACGCCCUUCGAUGCCCACUGAGGGCUUUUCCCUCAAUACCUCCAGCGUUUAGCGCCGUCCUGGUCGCAGACACUGCUGCAAUCAACUGAGUGAUCGGCGCUCAGCAGCAGCAUCUCAUUGCAUGAAAUGCGUCACCGUGAUCCGCUUCUCCCAUUUACGCACAUCGGCUCUGCACUCACGGACCGUGCUCCGAACUGACGAUUUCAGCAGGUAACCACAUGGUGUCACCACGCUGAGCCCCGGAGAGUAGGUAAGAAGGCUACUGGGGGUCAGAGAGAACCAGCGUGCGCGGAGAGAAACGCGGACCGGAUGACGGCCACAACCUCCGAGGCCUCCGGACCGCCGGUGCCGCUGCACCGCUGUCACGGGCUCUUCCAGGCCCACAACGGCACCUGCGCGGAGCAGAUCGGCUUCUUUCCGCCGUUCUCCUCCACCCUCGCGCUCCUCGUGCUGGUGGCCGUGCUCGCGGGGAUCGUCCUCGUUUCCCUGGCAACGUUCCACUUCCACAAGAGGAAGCUGCGGAAGAGGAAGAUCCUGCGCGCCCAGGAGGAAUACGAGCGCGACCGCCGCCGCCGCAGCCCCGCGCGCGGGGAGCUCCCCGCCGCGAGGCCGUGCGUCAUCGUCCGACCGGCGAGGCGCGAGGAGGAGCGACCCGCGUGCCGGGACGAGGAGACCGGGGACGCGGCGGCGGGGGGUCGAACGGGCGCCGCGGCGGACGGUUCCUCUUGACUGUUCACUCGGUGCCACUUCAGGGAAUGGGACUGUGGAAUAAACAGGAAAAGCAAUAAGGCACAAAGAACUCCCAGCCCCCGUAGAAACAGUUAGCGCAGAAUAGUCGGCCCACAGCACUGACUACAUUGGCAGGUAGGAUAGUCACGUGGCCACACACCUUCCUAAUCCACUAUUGAGCCAACCGGUAACUCCUUUAUGGGGCUGCAUACAAGUUAUUUGCCUGCUUUGACUUUUGGACCUCUUCCUCUUUCCCGGCCUAGAACGCUGUUUAAACCACACAGAUGUUUAAACUUUUAAACCUUCCAGAGAUGUGACACACGGUUGUGUUUAAAUUAUUUAGAGUUUGGUGACACAACACAGACCACAUUGGCUCGCUGAUCUUCCUUGGCAUGUCUCUCUGACACACUACCAGUAAGUAGUUAGACUAUAAUGGAUGUUGUGGUGCUGUUAGGCAGUGCAAGGCUGCAUAUAGGCUGUAGACUAUGGCUUAUUUGUUUGGUAGUAUGUUUUCCUUCAAUUAAGUGACUUAGCAUUUUUGCCUCAAGUACUGUCCUCCAAUGUCUGUUAGACAUCUGUAGGUAGCUCUAGUUAGCCUGACCGGCUGCAAGAUUCUUCGCUGUAGUAACGCAAACAAUGUUUUUUAUUUAUGUGUCAGAUGGUAAUUCUUAGCGCUAAUACGGUAUUUUGAUUUUUGAGUAUUUAGGCUAUAAUGUAUUCUCUGACAUGUAAUGCAUUGAGAAUCCUUCCAACAGAGGGUUUCAUUUUAAACCCGUCUAUUUAUUUGUUAUGCUUCAUGUUGUAUGAUGGUGGUUCGAAGAGAAGUCCCGUAUCAUUUAUUAUAUGAAUUCACUGUAAAUGUAUGUCAUUAUGAGAGCUGGAAUGUUUUGCAGUAUCGUCAUCUUUCUGGAGUUCAUAUAAUCUGCCUUAUCAAAGGAAAUAUGUAAUAUUCUAAGUUUAUAAAUAAAUACUUGCGUUAUGUUAAGCCUU